GAGCCAGGCGCUGCCCACGUCCCCAGCCCGGCGGCGGGAGGCGGGAGCGGCCGAGGGGAGGCGGCGAGGCGAGGGACGGGGACAGUCGCCGCGGAGGGAGGGACGGGAAGAUGAGCCCCUCGCCGAGCCUGGUGCCCUCUCUGCUCUCUGCCAGCCUGGCGCUGAGCUCCCUGCUGCAGGGCACCGCAGGGGGCCCCAGCUUCAGCCCCGAGGCCUGGCUGCAGCAGUACGGGUACCUCCCCCCCGGCGACUUGCGGACCCACACCCAGCGCUCGCCCCAGUCGCUCUCGGCUGCCAUCAGCGCCAUGCAGAGCUUCUAUGGCCUACGGGUCACUGGGACUGCUGACGCCGACACCAUGAGGGCCAUGCAGCGGCCCCGCUGUGGUGUCCCGGAUAAGUUCGGGGCCGAGAUCAAGGCCAAUGUUCGGCGCAGGCGCUACGCCAUCCAGGGCCUGAAAUGGCAGCACAACGAGAUUACGUUCUGCAUCCAGAACUACACGCCCAAGGUGGGUGAGGCAGCCACGUUCGAAGCCAUCCGCCGGGCCUUUGGGGUGUGGGGGGCGGCCACGCCGCUGCGCUUCCGCGAGGUGCCCUACGCCCACGUGCGCCAGGGCCGGGCGCCGCAGGCCGACAUCAUGAUCUUCUUCGCCGAGGGUUUCCACGGUGACAGCACCCCCUUCGACGGGGAGGGGGGCUUCCUGGCCCACGCCUACUUCCCCGGCCCCCACAUCGGCGGUGACACCCACUUCGACUUGGCCGAGCCCUGGACCGUCCGCAAUGAUGACCUCAAUGGGAACGACAUCUUUCUGGUGGCCGUGCACGAGCUGGGCCAUGCACUGGGGCUGGAGCAUUCGAACGACCCCUCGGCCAUCAUGGCGCCCUUCUACCAGUGGAUGGACACUGAGAAGUUUGUGCUGCCGGACGAUGACCUGCGCGGCAUCCAGCAGCUCUAUGGGAGCAAGUCGGGGGUCCCCACCAAGGCCCCCCCGGUGCCCCACACCACGGCCAGGCCCCAUGUGCCUGAUGAGCCCAACAACCCCCCCUACGGUCCCAACAUCUGCGACGGCAACUUUGACACCAUUGCCGUCCUGCGUGGGGAGAUGUUCGUCUUCAAGGAGCGCUGGUUCUGGCGGGUCCGGAAUAACCGGGUCAUGGAUGGAUAUCCACUCCCCAUUGGCCAGUUCUGGGUCGGUCUCCCGGCAUCAAUCAGCACGGCCUAUGAGAGGAAAGACGGGAAAUUUGUCUUCUUCAAAGGUGACAAGCACUGGGUGUUUGAUGAAGCCAUCCUGCAGCCUGGGUACCCGAAACCUCUCCGGGAGUUGGGCCGGGGGCUCCCCACUGAUCGCAUCGAUGCUGCCCUCUUCUGGAUGCCCAGUGGGAAAACCUACUUCUUCCGGGGCAACAAAUAUUACCGUUUCAAUGAGGAGAGCCGCUCAGUGGAUGCCGAGUACCCCAAGAACGUUGCCGUCUGGGAGGGAAUUCCCGAGUCACCCCGUGGGGCCUUCAUGGGCAGCGAUGAAGCCUUCACCUAUUUCUACAAGGGCGGCCGCUACUGGAAGUUCAACAACCAGCAGCUGCGGGUGGAACCGGGCUACCCCAAGUCGGCGCUGCGGGACUGGCUGGGCUGCAGGGGCGGCCGGCGCGAGGAUGAAGAGCGGGAGGAGACCGAGGUCAUCGUCAUCGAGGUGGAUGAGGCGGGAGGCGGGGCGGUGGACCUGGCCGCCGUGGUUCUCCCCGUCAUGCUGCUGCUCUGCGCCCUGGCGCUGGGCGCUGCCGUCCUGGUCUUCAAACGCCGCGGGACCCCCAAGCGGCUGCUGCACUGCCAGCGCUCCCUGCUGGACAAGGUGUGAGGGGCGGGGCUCCCCGGCCCUGCCCGCCUCCCUGGCCCUGCCCCCUGCUGGACAAGGUGAGGGGGCGGGGUUCCUCUGGCUCCUCCCCAGCUCCGCCCCCCCGCUGCACUGCCAGCACUCCCUGCUGGACAAGGUGUGAGAGGCGGGGCUUCUCUCUGGCUCCUCCCCUUAAGCUCCUCCCCUUCCCUGCUGGACAAGAUGUGAAGGGUGGGGGCUUCCCCUUGGCACCUCCUCCUUUCUGACAUUCCUUCCCCCCCCUCCGUGAAGCGUGCUGAGCGCGCUCACUAGCCUGCGGGGUGACCCCUGACCCCUUCCCCUUGUGUAACCAUGUGUCCUUUGAGCUCCUGGGGAAAGGUCAAAGUUCAGGCCCUUCAACUUCCCCUAUGACCUCUCAACUUUCACCUCACCAGAGGGGAAGCCAAUGGGAGACAGCAGUGUGAUUACCUCCCCAUAGGUCAUGCGGGCUCCUCCCACCAGUCUUGGGCACAUGACCUAGCCAAUCAGCUUGGCUCUAUUUCCCCUGUUUGUCGGUUGGGUUGGGCUGAAUCUCCCAUUGGUCUGUGUACAAAGUGGGGGGCAGGGCUGUCUGUGGAAUGGAGGACCCUGGUUGGCCCUCAGGUACUUUAGACAGGGCCUUGGGAGCCCAGGGGUGGAGCCACAGAGGGGGAGGGGCCAUAAUAACCAUGGGGGUGGAGCUAGUAAAAGAGGGAAGGCAUUUGGCUAAAGAGGGCGGGGCUUUAGCAUUAAAUGGCCGGGUCUAUGCAGAUAAGGGGGCUUUGCAUUCCAGUGGGCUGGGCUACACAGAUGUGGGGGCUUUGCAUUCUAGUGGGUGGGUCUAUGCAAAUAAGGGGACUUUGCAUUACAGUGGGCAGGGCUAUGCAGAUGACGGUUGCCAUGCAGUACAAUGGACAGAGCUAGGUCAAACCCAGGGCAUUCUAAUGGGCGGGGCUAGAGCAACAGUAGCAGGGGAUGAUGGGAAAACAGGCAGGGUGCUCAUGGGGCAGCAUGAUGUUUUUGGGGGAAGAGCCAAAGGAAGGGGGCGGGGGCCUUAUUUUGCCCCCACUUUCCUGCAGGGCCGCAAACAGGGUGGCAGGGAAUCUUGCACCCCCCCAUCCUGAGUAAUAGGGGAUCACAGCCCAGUAGGGGUCACCCAGGUAUCAGAGACCAUCCCAUAGAAUCUGCCUAGGAAAGAGGGUGGGGGGGAUACUGUAGGGGGCAGGGACCGUGGCUGGAUCCAGUUUGGGAUGAAUGGGGCAGAUGGGGGGCUGGUUAGGGGGUGCGCUGUGGGCCCAGUUUGGGGGUGAAUGGGCUGGUUCAGUGGAGCAAGAGUCAGGUUUAGGGGUCCCCUCCUCUUUCCUCUCCCGUGUUGGGGAGGGGUCUCAUUGGGGGAUUUUUGUUUGGGUUUUUAUAAAAAAUGUAUAAUUUUUGUAAUAAAAAAACUUAAUUAUUGUAUAGAACAAAAGGCAAUUAACUAAAAUCAGUGUGUAAGUGGGGGAGGGGGUGGUAUCGGGGUGCAGGGGGAUGCCCCUCAAUUCCCGCUGGCUGGGACAAGGGGCCUGCUUUGCCCUGCACCCGCUUCGGAGGGAUUUUCACCAGGGUGUUUUGAAACCGUCGGAUUAAAGUGCUUUCUGGGGGGAGGGUUGGUUUGUCUCUCUUGGUAUUUUUCAAUGUAUUAUUGUUAUUAAUAUUAUUUUGCUAUUGAGUCAACGCGUUUCUGGGGAAAUCAUCUCAGUUGAAUUGUUGGGCUUUUUAUUAACAUGGCCGUGGGUUUUAGCAGGUAUCGCUCGGGGAAUGUACGUGCCAUGAAAACGCCCACAGAUUUCAAUUGCAGCUAUCACUCUUCGUAAUAAACCCCCCUUUCUGAGGAUU